GCAAACAGCGCCGAGCCGCCGCCGCCUCAGCAGCAGCAGCAGCAGCGACCGUGCACACCCGGGCUGCGGUCGCAGCAGCGCUAACGUGAGCGCCCGCCGCCGCCCUCUCCACCCCGCCUGCCUAUUCCCGCGGCCGCCGGGCUCUUGCUUUCUCUCCGGCCUCCCCUCGACCCUUCCCCUCCCCCUACGCGGCACACUCGGGGGGCUGGGAACGAGCUGCCAUGUGAUGUGCGUCCUCUCCAAGAGCUUUCGGUGACCCCCGAACCGCCCACCGCGCCAGCUCCCGGGAGGAGGCUGCAGGCUAGAAAGACACUGGGAAGAGGAGGCGGAAAAGGACGCAAAGUUCUCUGGCGAGCACAGCUGUCUGCUUUGGGAAGUGAAGUCUACAGCAACGAGGAGAAUCUUUCCAAGCUGCCUCGCACUGUGACAUGUCUGAGCCCUUGCUCCAGUCCCUGCAACAUGAACAAGGUGGACACUCACUGACCUGUCACGAGGUUGCCCUGCAAAGCUUUGGGGUCCAUGUCUGAAUGGAUUGCUGUAGCCUUCUCAUCUCUCCCUUCGCCCAGUUCCCUGCAUCCUAAGACUCGAAGCCAGCGCAGAGCCUGGAAAAAUUACAUCACUAGUCAGAAGGUCUGACAAGAGUGGACUAUAACCCAAAAAAGAUUUUCUGAUACACCUCAUCAGGGCUGCUCUCGUACCGUGUGUUAUCGGAAGAAGGUGUUAGCUCUGCAGGGCAUGUGUUAACUACCAGAGGAUGACGGAACAUUUCCUCUAGUUUCUGGAUAAUGAGCAAGCACACAGUGAAGUGAGGCCACCCCUUUUUCGGUCCAUCCGCCAGGCUAUCUCUAGGGAACUAUUAGGAGGAGAAAGCAAGAGCAUUGUUGUACUGCUGCCUUCUGAGCCAUCGAAGAUGUGCUCGUCACCUUCCUCUGGUUUGACCUCCAGUGCCAGUUCUUGAAAAAGCCAAUUUCAAGGUGCUCUGCAAUUAACACGGUCGCUUCUUACCAGAAAAGUUUAAGGGAAGCCUUGAGUUACCGUGAACUUUCCAGAGGAGGGGGCUGGAGGACCGAGAGGCUGAAGGCAGAGAAGGAACAAGCAGAAGGAAAUAGCAGGUGGAUGAGUUACCACGUCUUGAGUUUCUUGAAUUCCCCUGCCAAGGUGAGGUUCCUAGCCUGUCUGCGUUCCAGCCGGAGAAAACAGCCUUGGGACCUGAGAAGCUAUUGGUAUUGGGUAAUAUGAUAUUUGAAGUAACCAGACGAACUUGGUGGACCCACUGACCUGCUUUUGACUUCUGAGAAAUACAACUGAACUAUCUCAAAUUCCACAAAACCUAUCCUGGGCUUAUGAGAUUUUUCCAGAGGUGAGUUGCAGAGUACGGAUUCAAAGCCAGGCAGCCUGCUGCACAGCCCGCAUUCUCAACCAUUCCACCAUACUGCCUCCAAAAACCAUAACGUGUACAGUAUUUGGGUGUGAACGGCAUGUCUGUGGAUGAGAAGCCUGACUCCCCCAUGUAUGUAUAUGAGUCCACAGUCCACUGCACCAACAUCCUCCUGGGCCUCAAUGACCAGCGGAAAAAGGAUAUUCUCUGUGACGUGACUCUGAUCGUGGAAAGGAAGGAGUUCCGGGCCCACCGGGCUGUGCUGGCUGCAUGCAGUGAAUACUUCUGGCAGGCGCUGGUUGGACAGACGAAAAAUGACUUGGUGGUCAGCUUGCCUGAGGAGGUCACGGCCAGGGGCUUCGGGCCGCUGUUACAGUUUGCCUACACCGCCAAACUAUUACUCAGCAGAGAAAACAUCCGCGAGGUCAUCCGCUGCGCCGAGUUCCUGCGCAUGCACAACCUGGAGGACUCCUGCUUCAGCUUCCUGCAGACCCAGCUCCUGAACAGCGAGGAUGGCCUGUUCGUGUGCCGAAAGGACGCUGCGUGCCCCCGCCCACAUGAGGACCGUGAGAACUCCGCGGGAGAGGAGGAGGAGGAAGAGGAGGAGACGAUGGACUCGGACUCGGCCAAGGUGGCUUGCCCCAGGGACCAGAUGCUUCCAGACCCCAUCAGCUUUGAGGCUGCUGCCAUCCCAGUAGCAGAGAAGGAAGAAACUUUGCUGCCCGAGUCCGACGUGGCCCCUGACAGCAAGGAGAGCUCCGAGAAGGACGCGUUAAGGCAGUACCCCAGAUACAAGAAAUACCAGCUUGCAUGUACCAAGAAUGUCUAUAAUGCAUCAUCACACAGUACCUCAGGUUUUGCAAGCACAUUCAGUGAAGAUAACUCUGGCAACAGCCUCAAGCCGGGGCUUGCCAUGGGGCAGAUUAAGAGUGAGCCGCCCAGUGAAGAGAACGAGGAAGAGAGCAUCGCGCUCUGCCUGUCCGGAGAUGAGCCUGACAUCAAGGACAGAGCAGGAGACGUUGAAAUGGACCGGAAACAGCCCAGCCCUGCCCCUGUCCCCGCCCCCCCUGCCGGGGCCACCUGCCUGGAGAGAUCCGGGAGUGUGUCCUCCCCCUCCUGCUUAAGGUCUCUGUUCAUAACAAAAAGUGUGGAGCUAUCUGGCCUGCCCGGUACCUCUCAGCAGCACUUUGCCAGGAGUUCAGCAUGCCCUUUUGACAAGGGGAUCACUCAGGGUGACCUUAAAACUGACUACGCCCCUUUCCCGGGGAAUUAUGGACAGCCCCACCUGGGCCAGAAGGACACGUCCAACUUCACCAUGGGGUCGCCCCUCAAGGGGCCUGGGUUGGAGGCUCUCUGUAAACAGGAAGGAGAGCUGGACCGGAGAAGUGUGAUCUUCUCCUCGAGCGCUUGUGACCAAGUGAGCACUGCGGUGCAUUCAUAUUCUGGGGUAAGCAGUUUGGACAAAGACCUCUCUGAGCCGGUGCCAAAGGGUCUGUGGGUGGGGGCUGGCCAGUCCCUCCCCAGCUCACAGGCCUACUCCCACGGUGGGCUGAUGGCUGACCAUUUGCCAGGAAGGAUACGGCCCAACACUAGCUGCCCGGUGCCAAUCAAAGUCUGCCCUCGCUCGCCCCCCUUGGAGACCAGGACCAGGACCUCCAGCUCGUGCUCUUCCUAUUCCUACGCAGAGGAUGGGAGUGGGGGCUCGCCCUGCAGCCUCCCUCUCUGUGAGUUCUCCUCCUCGCCCUGUUCCCAGGGAGCCAGAUUCCUUGCCACAGAACAUCAGGAACCAGGCCUGAUGGGAGAUGGAAUGUACAACCAAGUCCGACCCCAAAUUAAAUGUGAGCAGUCUUAUGGAACCAACUCCAGCGACGAAUCCGGAUCGUUCUCGGAAGCAGACAGUGAGUCGUGUCCUGUGCAGGACAGGGGCCAGGAGGUCAAACUUCCUUUUCCUGUAGAUCAAAUCACAGAUCUUCCAAGGAACGAUUUCCAGAUGAUGAUUAAGAUGCACAAGCUAACCUCAGAACAGUUAGAAUUCAUUCACGACGUCCGGCGGCGCAGCAAGAACCGCAUCGCGGCCCAGCGCUGCCGCAAGAGGAAACUGGACUGUAUACAGAAUUUAGAAUGUGAAAUCCGCAAAUUGGUGUGUGAGAAAGAGAAGCUGUUGUCAGAGAGGAACCAGCUGAAAGCCUGCAUGGGGGAGCUGCUGGACAACUUCUCCUGCCUUUCCCAGGAAGUGUGCCGCGACAUCCAGAGCCCCGAGCAGAUCCAGGCCCUGCACCGGUACUGCCCUGUCCUCAGACCCGUGGGCCUCCCCGCAGCCUCCAGUAUUAACCCUGGGCCCUUGAGCGUGGAGCAGAACCUGGCCGCCUCCCAGUGCGCGGUAGGUGAAAGCGCCCCCUGCUGCCUGGAGCCGGGAGCGGCUCCGCCCGGCCCGCCCUGGGUGCCCGGCAACACCUCGGAAAAUUGUACUUCCGGGAGGAGGCCGGAAGGCGCUGACCCCGGAACCUUCUCGGAAAGAGGGCCUCCUCUUGAAUCCCGGAGCCAAACGGUGACCGUGGACUUCUGCCAGGAAAUGACUGACAAGUGUACGACCGACGAACAGCCCAGGAAAGAUUACACCUAGUGACGUGGCCUGCCUCCCACUUCUCACGCCUCUCCCACCCAGGUGUUCUCCGGUCAGCCUGCGGUGCUGCUCAUCUGUUGUCUGGAAGAACCGAGAAGGAAUUUGGUGCACACUACAGCGUUCUUAGCAGCAAUACUGUUUCUGAGUAUUCCCUCCUCUCUUCAAGCGGGAGUGAUAUACAGUUCCCUUCACAAUGGUGCUACCCCUUGCUCAGGCGAGGAAAAGCGGGCGGUGCUGACGCUGCCUGUCUGUGGGUUAAUUUCAGUCUCAACAGGGAUAGACUAGAACACCUCUAGGACCCAACCACGGAUUUUUUUUCUCAGUGGCCCAUGUCACAAACCCUAUCUCAGGAAUUUCUUCUGAAUGUUCAAUUUUUUUCAUUGAAGACAGCUUCUAUACACAUCAAAGUUUUAUAGCUAGACUGUACAUAUUAUAUAUAAUAUAUAUAAAAUAUAUAUAUCCAUAUGCAAAAGUCCUGCAUGCCUCAAUUUUCUCAUCCUAAAACUGGAAAACUUCAUUUCUCAUUUACAAACAGGUUCCAACAUUCCUCUUCUUUUGUCUCUGAUGCCAGAACUAGUUUGGUAACUGUUAACAUGGUCAUUUUUCUUGCUUCACAGUUCAAUUUCAAUUUGUACUUAUUUAUGGAACAGAAUUCAAUGUUGGAAGCUUUUUUUGAGGUUUUAUUUCAGACCCUCUUUUUUGUUUGUUUGGUUUGCUUUGAGCACCAUCAGAUGGUGUCAUCUGAGUGUUGUGGGUUUGUUUGCUUUUUUUUUUCUUGCAGAUACUGUACAGUCAUGGUCAACUUUGCCACUUGCACUGAGUUUUGGGUCAAACCUAUUUUCUUAAAUGAAGUUGUUACUUCAGUAUAACUCAAGUAUACUGUAUAUUCUUUGCUUUUAGUUUAAAAGUAAGACAUUUUAGCUAAUUAAAAAGCACUCAGGUGAUAAUUAUGUAGGAAAAAUAAUCUUGCCAAAUAAUGAAUUCAUCCUAGGAUGUGUAGACAAUAAUCUGCUUGAAUAUUUUUAUAUUUCACCUCCUCCCCACCUUUCCCAGAAGCAAAGUUUAAAUGCAGAGAGUUCAGACUUGAUUGACGCUGGAUGUUCAGACUCCUAAGUGGGGAGAGGGUUUGGACGUCCCCCCGAAAGUGCAUCCAAACAGCAGGAACCCAUGAUUUUGUACCAGAACUGAGCAGGCAUUGGCUCCUAAAAAUCAAGCUAGAACUAUUUUCUCACCCAGGGAGUGAGUCCCACUCAUUUCAACCCAUCCUCAGGCCCCUGCCUGCUCUUGAAAGGGCAGUGCAGGAGGAACCUCUUGGAAGGAUUUGGCUGAUGAGCCACCCAGCUUCCCUGCCCAGGCCCCUCCUCCCAGAGCAUCUCACCUGAGUGGGUUUGAAUCACGCCACCAGGGGUACUGCUUGUAAGCGGAGUCCUGGGUUAAUGCGCUCAUCCAGAGUAGGAAAGAGCAGGGCACAUGGGAGCCUGGGGUCUGUCCCUAAUGCAGGCAAAAGCAUUUCUUUCUCCCUCCCUUCUCCAAAUGCUUUGAGUUGAAUUCUGAAGUUUUUCUGCUUGUCUCUUGUCCAAAGGCAGAUUUCCUUCUGAGGCUUUGGACACAAUAUGGCCAAGGAGCCCUCCCUGUCCCCUUCCCCCACCACACACACACACCUACCCUCACCUGAUGAUAAUUUUCUUCUCGCUGCAAAACUGGUUGGCUUGCAACCCACAGAGAGCAGCUUCCCUUGGCUCUGGGGGCGUGCUGGCCCCUGGCCACGUUUACAGGAAGAUGCGCCCGAGACCUGCCGCCGCCGGCCUAAGAGGAGGAGGACCGGCUCCCUCCCUCUGGUCGACCCUCCAGCCAGGCUGCAGGUAGAGUCCUGAAGGGUUUGAUGUGGGGAUGGGGCGGUGGGCAGUGGGGACUAGAUGGUUGACUUUGUUUCUUUAUUUGUGCCAUUGUUUGGACAAUAUUAAAGCUGCAUGUAAAAGGGGGAAUUAGUAUAUGACGUAGGCGAAAAGUGAAAUCAUAGUAACAUAUGUUUUAGUAUUAUUAACUUUUCUGUACAAAUAUUAGCGCUAAAUGUUUAAAUAUGUAUGAAUGCCAGAAAUUUGUUGGUUCAUGCGGUAGGAUUAAAAAAAAAGGCUUUUCUUUUAAAAUAGUUCCGCUUUGAAACCUGCCUCUGGGUUUUCGUUUUCUCAUGUGCGUGUGUAUAUAUGUGUGUGUGUGUGUGUGUGUGUUAGUCUGAGUCAGAUUUUGGUAAAGCUCAGUGUUGGAGCUGCCGUUUUUAUUAUGGUUGUUGGAAUCUCUUGGCCUAGUGGAACGGUUCUGUGCUUCACCGUGCGGUUUGCCUUUGUGGAAAACUGGUGACAGCUGGAAUUUAAAUUCAAUGUGAAUCAUGUGAUACAUCACAGCUGAUAGAUACAUCCACAGGUGUCACGGUGAAGGAGUCAGCCAACAGUAUUGUUUUUUUAACUCUCGUGUUGCCUUUUUUAAGUGACCUCCUCUUCUUUUGAAAAAAGAAUGUUUUCUGCUAGUAUCAUAACCAGGUCCAAACCAGCUCGUUGGCGUGAUUUACCCUGGUGACAACUCAUGUGCAACUGGUAGUCUUGACCACAUUCCGUCAGUGUCCCCGCUGUCUGUUGUUUGGUCCGCACACACCUGCGCUGCGGCCGUUUCCAGGUGGGGAGGGGUCUCCUUAUUUCCCUCCACCCCAGCUCAGCCCACAUCCUCCUUCCACCGACCCCCCCUCGCUUUUCUCCCUCCUCCCCAGUCAAACCCCUACAAUGGGACUCGUUAAAAACACUGCUUGGAAAACUGUCUUUCCAUUUCUUAGAGGUUUUUAACAGGUUGUUAUGAUUUUGUUCACUCUGUACCAUGAACAGUGACUGGCUUUGUGCAAUUGUCUAUGUGACCCGUCUUGUUUUUUACUACCCUGAACCAUGCAGUUCAUCCAGAUUGUUUCUGGGUUGAUUCACAGGGAGGACUAGCUGGGGACCGGAAUCCAAGUUGCCUCAAGUGGAGUUUUAAGAACCCGCCUGUCUCCUUUCUCUGGGACCCCUUAGUGAGGCCCGUGUCUUUUAUGAAAAAGAAAAGCAAGUUAAUAGCAAAGAACAGUGUUUGCACAGGAUGGUGGCAUUUAAUUGUGCUGUAAGGGUCCCUCCUUACAAAAAUAAAGGACCCUCCAGCCAUGGCCUGCUUAGGAGGAUCCCUGCCACCGCCAACUUGGGUCUCCAAGGUAGGCGUGAGCCCUCAGGGCAGGGAGGGUGUAGGUGGCCCUGUGGCUAGUUAACAUCCGCCUGGAUCUAGUCCUCCCCUUGGAUCCACCUUUGUUCUACUUGUGUGUCCCGACGACCUCACUUCAUUCUGGUUGGUCAGGCUUUGGGCAGGCGAGUGCUUUGCUGUAUGUGUUUGUUUCUCUGCGUUAUCUGGGGGUGCCUUGAUUAAAGUCAAACUUCAUUACACACUGAUUCUGGAACAAAACAGUUGUAAAAACAAACAAAAGAGCUGGCAAAGUUACUAGGCCAUCCUGCUAUUUCUAUUCCAGGUUCCCUAGCAAUGACUCAGGCGUCAGAGGUGAUGCUGCAGUAUAAAACAUUAUUUUGUAUAUUGUACAAGUAAUUUAUUAACUGUCUUUCUAAAAGUAUGCUGCUUUUAAGAUGCACUAUGACUUUGGAUUUAAUCCUUGUACUGCUUUCCAGAGGAAGUAAAAAAAAAAAAAAAAAAAAGGCUA